AAAAAAAAGUUACCUGUGACCUGCCGCACCUCCUGCCGCGGCACCUGCCGCACCUCCUGCCGCGGCACCUGCCGCACCUCCUGCCGCGGCCUGCACCUCCUGCCGGCACCUGCCGCACCUCCUGCCGCGGCACCUGCCGCACCUCCUGCCGCGGCACCUGCCGCACCUCCUGCCGCGGCACCUGCCGCACCUCCUGCCGCGGCACCUGCCGCACCUCCUGCCGCGGCACCUGCCGCACCUCCUGCCGCGGCACUGCCGCACCUCCUGCCGCGGCACCUGCCGCACCUCCUGCCGCGGCACCUGCCGCACCUCCUGCCGCGGCACCUGCCGCACCUCCUGCCGCGGCACCUGCCGCACCUCCUGCCGCGGCACCUGCCGCACCUCCUGCCGCGGCACCUGCCGCACCUCCUGCCGCGGCACCUGCCGCACCUCCUGCCGCGGCACCUGCCGCACCUCCUGCCGCGGCACCUGCCGCACCUCCUGCCGCGGCACCUGCCGCACCUCCUGCCGCG